AUGGAUAGCAGCACGAUAAAUAAAUGUAAGACAGAACAAAACGACAGCUCGGUGUAUUCCGAGGAACAGCCAUCCACUUCUGCAAGUUCGGAUUCAGCUCUUGCCGGAUCUGCUAAACGGCAAAAGCUAAAUCGUAAGAUUCGCGUCGCGGUUGCUGGAUGUUCACAUGGAGAAAUGGAUAAAAUUUAUGCAACAUUGGCAGAGAUUGAACGACGGGAAGGUUAUAAAUUCGAUUUGCUCAUUAGCUGCGGUGACUAUGAGGCAGUCCGAAAUUAUGGUGAUUUGAAGCAUAUGCAUGUACCUGAGAAAUAUCGGCAUUUACAAAGCUUUCAUCGCUAUUAUUCCGGCGAAUUGGAGGCACCAAUCUUAACAAUUUUUGUUGGCGGAAAUCAUGAAGCAUCCGGUUAUCUGCAAGAAUUGCCUUACGGUGGAUGGGUUGCGCCGAAAAUUUAUUAUUUAGGGCAUGCAUCUGUUGUGCAGUUUGCAGGGCUUCGAAUAGCUGGCCUUUCGGGCAUCUUUAAUAAAAAUGAUUAUAAUAUGGGUCAUUGGGAACGCCCACCAUUUACCGAUCAUGGUGCAGUUAUUUCUGUUUAUCACGUACGUUCCAUUGAUAUAUUUCGUCUAAAGCAGUUGAAGCCGAGGGAUCGAAAUGAACCACCAAUCGAUGUAAUGGUAACACAUGACUGGCCGGCAGGGAUCACAGAUUAUGGCGAUGUUGAGCAAUUAUUGAGGUUGAAGCCAUAUUUUGAAGAAGAUUUGAAAAAGAAUGCGAUUGGAAAUCCUGCUUCUAUGACAUUAUUACAUGUAGUGAUUCUUGGACAUUAUAAGCAGGUUCUUCCUUAUGCUUUCGGGUUCUUUUAUGCGUGUGGAAGUGUAACGAUACUGAAGCCACGCUACUGGUUGGCAGCACAUAUGCACUGUUUUUUUGCAGCUCUGGUAUCUCAUUCGAAUAAAAAUGACUCUGAAAAUAACUUUGAACCAACCAGGUUUCUAUCACUGGAUAAGCCACUUCCACGAAGGCAUUUUCUGCAGGCUUUAGAAUUUGAUGUUAAUCAAAAUGUUUCGCUAAAUCUGUCGUAUGAUCCGACAUGGUUAGCAAUUCUGAAAGCAACAGAUGCUCUUACAUCAGCAAGCAAAAGUAAUACCUACAUGCCGUCACAACAUACACGCAAUGAGCGUUGGGACUUCAGACCUACAGAAGAGGAACUAGCAAAAGUGAAAGAUAUAUAUGGUGGGGAUUUUACAAUACCAAUGAAUUUCAAGAUGACAGCGUCUCCACAUAGAACAAGUGGAACGGACAAUAGUUCUCAAGAAUUAUAUUACAGGAAUCCUCAGUCAACAGAAUUCUGUGCAAAACUUGGAAUCAGAGAUUUAAAUGAAAUGCUCUGUUCACUUUCAACGAAUGGACUUGGUAUCCCAUAUUAUAUCAACGAAAAUAGCGAUUCGGAAGAUGUCGUUUUGAAGAGCAGAACACUUGAAAGAAAACAGGAUUUCGACGAUAAGAGCGAUUUCAUUAUUGAUGGUAAUUCAGUACCAUUGGAAGAUUUUAAGAUACAGACUGUUGGUGAAUCUGGUGAACAUCUGACCUGUGUUAUUAAUGAUUAUGAAAAAAAGAUUGAUGAUGAAAUUGAAGAAUUACAAAUUAUUGGCUCAGAAAAUGUUGGGCGACAUUUGGUCACUGAUAUAAAUAAAAUGAUGAACAAAUCACAAUUUAUGCUAGCUUAA